AUGGACGUCCGACUCCAUACAUACUACCCGCGACGGACCCUUAACCUGUCAGAGUACAUCCCACGGCUCAACCUGACACAGUCCCGACAAGAACAGCACCAACCACCCAAUGUCCUGCUGUUCAUCGGCGGCAUGUACGAUAACUUCCGAUCUCCGAAGUAUCCAGAUGACCUGGCAGCCUUGUUCCCGCGGGACGAGCCCAACCAGAAAUGGAGUGUUUUCCAUGUACAGCUGAGCUCGGCGGGUAAGUGUUUUGGCCUGGUGGAUUUAAAUCGUGAUGUCGAAGAAGUCGGUGAAGCAAUCAGCCACAUCCGAACGACCAUCACCAAAUCGCCCACCACCCCGGUCGUCAUCAUGGGUCACAGCACAGGCUGCCAGGAUUCAAUGCAUUACAUGUGCUCUGAAUUUUCAACCCCGAAGCCACCCUCCUCCUCCUCCUCCUCCUCCUCCUCCUCCUCCCCUUCAUCAUUACCAACCACCCCUUCCCGCCCCCAGAUCUCGGGCCUAAUCCUGCAAGCCCCGGUCUCCGACCGCGAAGCAAUGCUCGACUCCAUCAACAGCAAACCCGCCGUUGCGGCAGCCUACAAAGAGGCCCUGGAAUUUUGCGCCUCGACGCCCAAGGCCGUGCAGUCCAAGGCCCUGCUGCCGUGGAACCUGUCCUACCCACUGAUGGGCUCGAUCCCGACGACGGUCGCGCGGUUCCUCAGCCUCGCGUCGCCUGACAGCCCGGCAUCGCCCGGUGCGGACGACUAUUUCUCAUCGGACCUCAGCGACGCGACGUUCCGGUCGACGUUUGGCAAGUUAGCCGCUUGUGCGCACGUCGUUCCGUCGAGUAAGGAGACGACCAGGACACCGAAAUCAAUGCUCGUCCUCGUCUCUGGCAGCGACGAGCACGUGAGCAAGCGCAUCGACAAGGAGGCGCUGAUGGCGCGGUGGAAAGACGCCAUUAGCAGUGGUGGUUCCCAAUCGACUCAGUCCGAUCCGCAAGCAGCAGUGCUCUCGCCGCACUCGCUGAUCAUCAAGAACGCACUGCACGACAUCUCGGGCGCGAGUGUCGAGGCGCGGACCGCGAGGCUGGUCGACAUGCGCGGUGCCGUGCUCUUAUACCUGAACGACGUUGUGGGCGAUCUCGAUGACGGCGGUAGCGGCGCUAGUGAAUCCAGCCCGUGGGCGAUCUGGAGACGCGACAAAGCCGCCAUUGAUGCGGAGCGCGGCGUGCAGGGUGUCAAGCUGUAG